AGAAUAUAAACUUUGUGGGCUUGGGACGGCCACGAUGGAAGGCUCCUCUUAUUUCGGCCUCUUUCUGGUACUUCUGCUGCCCCUGGACGCCCUCACAGACUACUGCGAGUACACCCUGGUGGAGGAAUCAACGCUCAGUGCUUCCUCCGAGCUGGUGACGCGAGAGGCUGGCAAGGCACGGCUUUUCGAAACCACAGCAUGGACCGCCCGUAACGCCGACUACCUCCAGUACAUAGAAGCGGAUCUCAGGGAUAUUAAAAAUGUGACGGCUAUUGCGACGCAGGGCAGACAUGAUUCCCAGGAGUAUGUGACGGCUUACACCCUGGAGUACAGCCGCGAUGGGAUACACUACUCCAUCAUCCUGGGGCCCAAGGGGAGCAUUAUGGCCUUCCCCGGGAAUCUGGAUGGCAACACUGUCGUCACAAACCUCUUCGAGACUCCGAUCAUCGGCCGCUACAUCCGGAUUAAGCCGACGCGAUGGAGGGACAGGAUAUCCAUGCGCAUCGAGCUGUACGGAUGUCCCUAUGAGCCCGAGACGGUUAGCUUCGACGGUCACUCCAUGGUGGUAAUGGACCUACGACAGUUUCCGAUCGCCUCGCUGCGAGAUCACAUCCGCUUCCGCUUCCGCACGAGGGAGCCGGACGCCAUGGUGAUGUAUGCACGGGGCACCCAGGGGGACUAUGUGGCCCUCCAGCUGGUGCAGAACAGGAUGGUGCUCAACAUUAACCUGGGGUCGCCGCUCAUGACCUCACUCUCCGUGGGGUCACUCCUGGAUGACAACUCCUGGCACGAUGUUGAGAUCCGCCGAGAGCAGCGCAACGUGACCUUCCUGGUGGACCGAGUGAGAGUGGACGACGUGAUUCUGGGGGACUUCAAGCGCCUCGACCUGAACAAGGAGCUGUACAUCGGGGGCGUGCCGAACCUGCAGCUUGGGAUGAAGGCGCGCGUCAACUUCACCGGGUGCAUGGAAAACCUCUUCAUCAACGGAACAGCCAUUAUACCUGAGAUGCUGAAGGCGGAUGACUACUACUCCUACUACUACAGCCGGCCCAAGUACACCCUCAUCAACACCGCCAGGGUCUGCGAGUUUGGCAUCUCGGCGGACCAGACUCUGACCUUCACCACGCGGGAGUCCUACCUGAUUUACCCUGCUUACGAGGACCACCAGAAGAUCAACGUGUCUCUGGAGUUCAGGACCUAUGAGGAGAAGGGAGUGCUGCUCUACCAUAAGUUCAUGGCCGAUGGGUACUUCAAGCUGUACCUGGAGGAGGGCAGGGUCAAGGUGGACAUCCGAGCUCGCGACACCCAAGGCCGCGUGGUUCUGGACAACUUUGACACCUCCUACAAUGACGGACAGUGGCACCGCGUCAUGUUUGUCAUCAUGAAGAACCACAUGGUACUCACGAUGGACGACGUGCCCAUGAAGACCGUCAGGGUGAUAUCGGUGACCUCCGGCAAGAAUUUCCUGAUCGCGGGUGGUGUGCGCGGAUCACCUGGCUUCCUGGGCUGUCUCCGCAAGAUCUCUGUGGUUGGCUUCAUGCAGAAACCCAAGGAGGAUCAAAUGAUCAACCCAGCUGGCAUCGUGUCCGCCGCCUGCCAGAUCAUGGACCGCUGCAACCCUAACCCCUGCGAGCACCGUGGACGAUGUAAACAGAACUCCGAGGAAUUCAUAUGUGACUGCACCGGCACGGGGUACUCCGGGGCCGUCUGCCACACACCACUCAACCCCUUCUCCUGUGCGGCGUAUGGCAUUCAGAACCCUGGUGUGAAGAAGGCGGAGAUCUACAUAGAUAUUGAUGGGUCAGGUCCCCUCGUGCCCUUCCCUGUCUCCUGCGAGUUCUACAACGACGGGCAGGUGUACGCCUACCUGAGCCACAAGCACGAGAAGUUGACGACGGUGGACGGCUUCGAGCGGCGCGGUUCCUACGUGCAGGACAUCAUUUACGACGCAGGGAUGGAGCAGAUUGAGAUAUUCGUGAACCGCUCGGCGCGAUGCAGCCAGCGGAUACAUUUCCAGUGUCUCAAGGCCAAGCUGUUCAACUCACCCUCGCCGGAAGAUGAGGAGUUCCUGCCGUACACAUGGUGGGUCUCACGCAACAACCAGCCUAUGGACUAUUGGGGCGGGUCGCUGCCGGGCUCCCGCAAGUGUGAGUGUGGCCUGACGGGGACCUGCGUGACGGACAAGUGGUGCAACUGUGACGCAGGCCUGGAAUCGUGGCUCUCAGACAGUGGGGAGCUCACAGUGAAGGAGCAUCUGCCGGUCCGCCAGCUGCGUAUAGGUGACACUGGCUCUCCGCUGGACGGCAAGAAGGCGCGCUACACCCUCGGGCCGCUGAUCUGCGAGGGCGACAACGUAUACGACAACACGGUGACCUUCCGCAAGGCCGACGCCACCAUCAACCUCCCUCGGUUCGACAUGGGUCACUCUGGCGAUAUCUUCUUUGAGUUCAAGACCACGGUGAGCGACGGCUGCCUCAUCAAUGCCGUGGGUCCCAGCGACUACAUCAAGAUAUCCAUUGUGGGCGGUCUCGAGCUCCAGUUCCAGUACCAGGCGGGCGCGGGGCCAAUGGGCGUCAGCGUGGAGACCAGCUAUGUACUCAAUGACGACAAAUGGCACUCUGUCCUGGUCGAGCGGAACCGCAAGGAGGCGCGGAUGAUCAUUGAUGGGGGGCGGAAGUCAGUGAUGGGUGAGCCGAGGGGACCCGUACGCGCCAUCCACCUGGAGUCCGAUUUUGUUGUGGGCGCAACCGUUGACUACCGAGAUGGCUUCGUUGGUUGCAUCCGCGCGCUCAUCCUCAACGGCGAACUCCAGGACCUCCGAGGAAGGGCCGAGCGGGGCAUGUACGGGGUCCAUCCUGGGUGCAUCGGAAAGUGCCAGUCUAACCCUUGCCUCAAUAACGGAACUUGCCACGAGGGGUAUUCAACCUUCGCAUGUGAUUGCCGGUGGACUGCUUUCAAGGGGCCGAUUUGUGCUGAUGAGAUCGGCAUAAAGAUGUUGACGGAUACGAUGGUCCGCUACGAGAUUCCCGGCACUUACAAGACGACGAUUGCCGAGCGGAUCCGUGUUGGCUUCACGACCACCAACCCGCGCGGCUUCCUAAUGGGUCUGCACUCAAACCUGUCCGGAGAGUACCUGACCCUGGCUAUAUCGAAUUCAGGACAUCUCAAGGUAACAUUUGACUUCGGUUUUGAGCGCCACGAGAAGGUCUACGGCAAAAGGACCUUCCACGAGGGACAGAACCAUGACGUGAAGCUCUACCGAUCCGACUCUGGGCGACGGCUGACUAUGCAGGUCGACAACUACGAGCCCGUGUCCUGGAACUUCGACGUCAAGGGCUCGGCCGACGCACAGUUCAACAACAUCCAGUACGUCUACAUCGGCAAGAACGAAUCCAUGGCGGAAGGCUUCGUGGGCUGCAUAUCCAGGGUUGAGUUUGACGACAUCUAUCCCCUCAAGUUCUAUUUCCAGCAAGACCGCCCGGCCAGCAUCAUCGCGGAGAGCACCUCCACCAUCUUCGAAGACUACUGCGGGAUCGAGCCCAUCCGCUAUCCGGAGGAGGAGGCGGAGACAAGGCCACCCCCAGAAGUGUCAGAAGAGGUGCUCAUGGAACUCUACUCGGACAAUUCGGCGGUCCUUGGCGGAGUUCUUGGAGUCAUUUUCCUUGCAUUGCUGUGCAUGGGGUUCCUGAUCGGGCGCUACAUGGCCAGGCACAAGGGGGACUACCGCACCCACGAGGCCGACGGGGCGGACGUGGCGCCGGAUGCAGAUUGGGCGGUCCAGCACGCCACCACCGGCCCACAGGUCAAGAAGAACACCGAAAUGUACAUCUGAGGGGCAGGGACGGAGUACAGUCACAUGUUUACACACGCCAGUAUAUCGCCUCGUCUGCAACCUCCACCAUGUCUGUGUUGGCUAGGCUGUCGGAUACUUGCAAGAGGUUGUUUAUAAAUGAAUAUCUGAAACGUGCCAAGAGUGAGCUACUACAAGUCACACAUGCAUAUUAAAAUGACACACAGAGAGAGAGAGAGAGAGAGACAGCUAGAGUCACAGAUAUUUGCAAGAGGUUGUUUGUUUAUAAGUGAAAAUCUGAAACGUACCAAGAGUGAGCUUCUACGAGUCACACAUGUAUAUUAAAAUGACACACACACACACACACAGAGAGAGAGACAGCUAGAGUCACAGAUAUUUGCAAGAGGUUGUUUAUAAGUGAAAAUCUGAAACGUACUAAGAGUGAGCUACGAGUCACAUACAUGUUAAAAUGACACACACACACACACAGAGAGAGAGAGAGACAACUAGAGUCACAGAUAUUUGCAAGAGGUUGUUUAUAAGUGAAAAUCUGAAACGCACCAAGAGUGAGCUUCUACGAGUCAUAUACAUAUUGAAACGACACACACACAGAGAGAGCGAGGUAGAGUCACACAUUCUCACAAGCUGUCACCUCCGUCAAGCCUGCAUCAGCUAGACUCUCAAAUUGUCCAGGCUGCAGGGCGUUCAAGGAGCUGCUGGAAAUGUAAAUAUAAAAGAUGUCAACAGCAGUGAGUUAAGGAGUCACACACUUACACAUGGCUUUACGUCACCUCUGUCAUGUUUGUCUGUUGCUUGGGCUCAAAUACACACACACACACACACACACACACACACACACACACACACACACACACACACACACCCACACACACACACAC